AUGGAGAUUCACCAUGGAGGCAGGUUCUAUAGGUUGGGUAGUGGUAGUAGGCAGUACAAGGGAGGUGAGGUGGUGUAUGUUGAUAGAUUAGAUCCUAACAAUCAUUGCGAGAGCUAUAACUCAAAGAUUCUCCCAGCUAGGAAGAUGCCAAUUUUGGGAUUGUUGGAGGCUAUGAGAAUAAACUCAAUGCUAAGACAUGCAAAUAGGAGGUGUGCAGGUCCUAGAUGGAAGAGUAAGGUCGGACCUAGAAUUGAGAAAAUUUUGAAAAAAAAUGCGGAUAGAAGCCAUGAGUACACCCUACUAGAGUCUUCCCAUUUGAGGUUUCAAGUUAAAGGAAAAGGAGUGGCUUGCCAAUUAGGAGUUAAUAGUUUGCAUGAUGUUGAUCUCCAAGCCAGGGCAUGUACCUACAGGAGGUGGGAACUCAGUGGACUUCUAUGUCCACAUGCAAUUGUUGCAAUAUUUUCUAAGGGAUAUAGACCAGAUGACUUUGUGGAUGAGGCUUUUUCACUGAAGAAAUUCAUGUUUGCAUAUGAACCAGCAAUAAACCCUAUCCCUGGUGUUGAUGAAUGGGAGGUUGUUGAGAAGCCCAUUUUACCUUCGAGGUACACUAGAGGACCUGGAAGGCCUAAGUUAUCAAGAAACAAGGAACCAAGUGAGCAAGCACCACCUCCUGGAACCACAAAGUUGUCAAGAAGUUACUAUAAGUCCAUCAGUUGUUCAAUUUGUAAAAAGAAAGGUCAUAAUAAGAGGACUUGUUCAAGGAGACAACAAUCAGAAAUAGUUCUUAAGCUGGGGUAA